AUGUAUGCGACGCGCUCUGCUUCUGAGCCGCGAGUGCCGGCGCAGCAGGCGCAGCGCCGUGGUCGUGACCGGCUGCGACGACUCCUGCCACGCGGUCCCUUGCCGCCCUACCGCGAGUGGCUGAAGGGCGAUGCGGAGCGCUUCCGGUACCCUGCGCCGGGAAAUGGGCCGCAUUGGAUUGGAACUACGCCCUUUCCUCUGAAUCCGGCGUUCCACCCGCCGCCCCCCGUGCACCAACAAGUGCGCGACGAUAUGUGGAAGCUACACACACAAGACCCCCAGCAGUGGACGGUGCGGUCGCUCUCGAGCAAGUUCCGCCUUUCGCUCGAGCGGACUGAGUCAGUGCUGCGCCUCAAGGCACUCGAAGAAGAGUUUGUGCAGGAGGGAAAGCCGCUGCAGACGGAGCUGCAGCGCCAUAUGGAGCGCCUGCUGGGCGCGCGUCCCACGUUUACGGUCGGGACGCGGCCAGUGCCUAUCAGCGCGCCGCACUCGCCGCGCGGUGCACCGUACGAAGAGCUUUCGGAAGGGACAGAUCCAUCAACGUACAAGUCGCCCCUCGCAGACGCGAUUCGCGAGUCGAACCGCGCACACCGCCGAACCAUGGCGGAGCUGCCGACGGGCGCGCCAAACCUUACGUCUGAGUCGCGGGCCGUCCCGGCGUCGCGCGACGGCCGGGCGCCCCUGCGUGUAGUGCGUGUGGCCGCCGACUCGUACAUGGGCAUUGGCACAGUGGAGCGCAACCGCAAGCGCGCCGCGCGCCGUGCGCAGCAGCGCGCCAAGCGCGCGCAGGCCUAA